GCUUGCUUGCUCAAAAAAAAGCCACCUAUUGCACGCGAUGACAGAGUGCAAAAGCAUCAACUAAAAACCUGGAAACGAGUUUGGGACAUGCUUUCAUUGACUUUCAGAUAACGAAACUUGUCAAACGCACGCAGACUGGCGACACGGGUAGCUUGCUUGCUGUAAUUAAAUUUUAAACGCUGAUGAAUGCUGCAUGCGCCACAGGGUGUUUGGUUACUCUCCUGACGGAACUGUCCAGUGUUCUCUGCCCUCUCGCCUUCUUCAGGUGACUUGGCAAACAUGGCCCGGUGUCUCGAGUCCACUCAAAAGUUCCUUCGAGAACACGCGUUUCUUUUUUUGGUGUUUGGGUACAUACUUUUCAUUCUAUUCGGUGGUCUUAUUUUUAUGGCGCUUGAGCAGUCCGGGGAGACUCACUUGGUUACUGAGGUGCAAGAUCUCCGAACAACGUUUCUGAAUGAAAACCGCUGUGUUCAGGAGAAGCGUCUGGAUGUUCUACUGCGCGAGGUGCUAACGGCGGGGAAGAGCGGUGUGGCUGUGCUGGAAGCAGACAGUGAUCAGUAUAACUUUGACUUCACAUCGUCGCUUUUUUUCGUCACUACAUUUCUCACAACCACAGGUUAUGGCACCACCAUGCCCCUGUCCGAUGGAGGGCGCCUCUUUUGCAUCCUGUACUGCAUGCUGGGCAUCCCCGUCACCCUGCUCCUGCUCUCCUGCCUCACGCACGCCCUGCUGCCCUGGGUGACGGGUCGGCCCGUGCUUCACCUCCAGACCCGUUGGGGGCUCCCUAAGCACCGCGCGGCCCUGCUCUACGCGUGCGUGCUGGCCGGCGUGACCGGCGUGCUCUUCUUCCUGCUGCCGGCCGCCGUGCUGGCGCUGCUGGAGCGCGACUGGAGCUUCCUGGAGGCCCUCUACUUCUGCUUCAUCUCACUCAGCACCAUCGGGCUGGGAGACUACCUGCCGGGACGAGCCCAGAACCGGGCCGCGCGCCAGGGCCUGGAGUUUGCCACCUCCUGUUACCUUGUGGUGGGUCUGGUGGUGCUGCUGGUUGUCCUGGAGACCUUCUGGGUUCUGCCCCAGGUACAGGCGCUGGUCCGGGUCUUCACAGGCCAGCACACCACGGAGCUGAAGGGUCUGGACCUGGACGAGAUGGUGCAGGACUGGGACGACACCUGUCCCAACUCCCCCACGGAGGCUCCUGAAUACGCCCUCCCCAUCUCCAUGAUCUCGCCCUGUCCGCCGGAUGGUUCGCGCCCCAAAACCCUGCCCCUGGCCUUGCCUUUGUCCGAUCCCCAGCCCCCAGAAACCCAACCUCAGCUCCAGGACCAAGCCCAGGAUCAGCCUGGGCAUGAACCCGCACCAGAGAACCCAGACGGGGAGGACGAGGUCCCUUCGGAUGACCAGACUGUCCCUAAAGACGAGCAAUAAAAAACAUUGUGGGGGAAUUUAUUACAUAUCACUGACACCUCCAACCCCACGACCAAUACUAACACACUGUGGUGACUACUUACAGGAACAAAGGAGUAACACUGUGGAGGAUUUGGUGCAUAUAUUACUGACACUGAGUUAUAUGCCCCACUCUUUAGCCUCAGUCCCAGAAAGGGCUGAGGAAAAACUCAGAGGACUAGCAUCAUCCAGACCCAAAGGACCAACACUAAAACACUAUGCAAAGGUUUACAUUGCAUAUAACUGCAACUGACAAAUAUGGUGCCGUUUUUACAUGGCAUUGAGGAUUUUAGUAGAGAGUAAGAAUCACUCACCUAAGGAAGUAGUUAACGUCUAGAAAAGUCUUCCAGGUUUUAUGUAUCCACAUACUUUGCACAUAGGUACUUUUGAGAAGGUCCACAAGGUAGAGUUUGUGCAAUUUUGUACUGUAUAAAAAUUGACAGUACAUCAUGUAUGACAGAAAAACCAAAGACUUCCUACCACUGCUUCUGUCUGACUGAGCAAAGGUGUAGGCCUACCUCAGAUGCCCAACCCUCAUAUAGUCUAUUAGUCAGGUCUAGUAGUUUUUAUCAGUGGUGAAGACGGUGAUUAGGGGUUCAUCCAUCCCAUUAUCUAAUGUCCCGCCUUUGCCUUGUGCUUGUGGACUCAAGAUGCGAGGCAAGACGUCAUAGACGAUAGACGUGUUAUACAAUAUCUUGCAAAAGUUUUAUACAAAAUCUUGCAUCUGCAAGAGUGAUGUUGACUGGGGGACAAGUCCCCAAAAAGCUGUUGUGCAAAGACUGACAGCGGGGAAACUGUAUUGUUUUCUCCAGGUGGUACGUCAGCAAAGCACGAGGACACAAGCACAAGGUGAGGAUGGGAGAGUAGGUAAUGGGAUGGACCCCUAGGUGUCCUUGUUUCUUCAUUAGAAGUGUAACCAUGUACAUACAUGCUUAUCCGGUUUACAGUACCAAACAUGAGGAAGAUCAUCUACUCCAAUCACACUAUGCUGUUCUUGAGGUGUAUCCGUUCUUCCAAAUAGCUUGAUUUUAAUGUAUCAAGUUGUCAUUGCAUAAAUGUUACUGUUUCUCCUCGCAUUCUGUAGAAGAUGUGCAAUGUAGUAGUAGGGGUUUAUUAUUCUCUACAAGUAGGUUUACUACCUUGACAUUUAUCAUAUACAUUCUAUACAUCUCUCCUUAAAUGGGCAAUGGAGGAAAAAAAAGAAAACUUUUUGUAAGUCUACAUUUUCUAUGAUUCCAUGCUGACUGUUAGGUAUACUACCACCAGGGGGCAGUCCUCACACUCAGAUGACUCACUCAGAUACAUGAUUAUAAUACUGAACUCAUGGACAAUAACGAAUGCGACCUGUUCAUCUGCUGUACACUUUCUAUGUCUGAAAGUGGUAAAUAAAAGCUUGCUUAAAAAUCAUAAAAAGUGAAACUGAUGAAAGAACUAAGCUCUUCUGUGGGUACAUUAACAGAGCAAGCGCACACUUGUGUGAAAAGCAACCAAUACCAAUUAGCUAAACAUUAUUUUCGCUUGUUUAUUUAUGGAGUGAAACCUCUCUUUGUUCUUUAUGCAAAUCAAUGUCUCGAACACAAAUGUGGCUUUCAGUGGGGUACAGAUAUAUGUGUGUGUGUGUGUGUGUGUGUGCGUGUGUGUGUGUUUCUCAGCAAGCCUUGUCUGCUCUCUGUCUCUGUGUGAGUGAGUGUGCUGCAGCAGUAAUGCCCGGAACGGUGACUCAGGCCAUGUGCCCAUGCCAGUGUUUCUCAACCAGGGUGCCGCACACCCCCUUCAGGGAAACGUGGCUGACGGUGUGUG